GCCUGCAGCGGGCCGGAGCGGGCGGCGGCGGCCGCCGCGCCUCCCCAUGGCGAAGAAAACGUACGACCUGCUCUUCAAGCUGCUGCUCAUCGGCGACUCGGGCGUCGGCAAGACCUGCGUGCUCUUCCGCUUCUCCGACGAUGCCUUCAACACCACCUUCAUCUCCACCAUCGGGAUAGACUUCAAGAUCAAAACUGUUGAAUUACAAGGAAAGAAGAUCAAGCUGCAGAUCUGGGACACGGCAGGGCAGGAACGAUUUCACACCAUCACCACCUCCUACUACAGAGGUGCCAUGGGAAUCAUGCUGGUGUACGACAUCACCAACGCCAAGAGCUUUGAAAACAUCAGCAAGUGGCUCAGAAACAUAGAUGAGCAUGCCAAUGAAGAUGUGGAGAGGAUGCUGUUAGGAAACAAGUGCGACAUGGAAGAUAAAAGAGUUGUUCCUAAAGCAAAAGGUGAACAGAUUGCUAGGGAGCAUGGUAUUAGGUUUUUCGAAACUAGUGCAAAAGCAAAUAUAAACAUUGAGAAGGCAUUCCUCACAUUAGCAGAAGACAUUCUUCGAAAGACCCCUGUAAAAGAGCCCAACAGUGAAAAUGUAGAUAUCAGCAGUGGAGGUGGGGUGACAGGCUGGAAGAGCAAGUGUUGCUGAACGUUCUCCUAUAUCACCAAUCGCCAUCCACCGCUCCUUUUUUCUCGCUGCAAAACAAACCACUCUGCCCGUUUUUAACCCUAAACCGAUGUUCUGUUCCUCAUCUUAACAAGCUCCUGUCUCCCUUUGGUUUUCUGUUUAGGACAGCUUGCGUACUAUCAUUUCCUCACCAUGUAUAGGAAAAUCAUCUCCGUGACUUCAUUUUCUAAUGUACCUGCUCAACUUACCGCUGCGUUUUGGUUGUAUUAUAGUCCCGUUCCCCUGACAUUAAAACAUAGCAAUCACACUCAACUCUACUCUGCAAAUUGUAUAAGAAUAAAAGUUAGAAUUAACACUUUAUUUUGUACAACAGUGGAAUUUUCUGUCAUGGAUAAUGUGCUUGAGUCACCGUAUUCCCUAGAAGCAUCAGCAAAAGAGCCAGGAAAACUCAUUUUCGCCUUGAGUGUGUGAACGGGGUUUAUUUUGUCCUGUGCCUUAUGUGGAAAGGAACUUUUAUUUUCACUUUUGUUUCUCUUCUGGUGGAAGCAUGUGCAGGAGACAUACCUACCAUCCACACCUGAUCAUUUGAAAAUACUGAACUCUUUUGUGAUUGCUUUCUGUAACUGUUGGUGUAAUGCAUCGAGGACAAAGGGUGGUGCAAACAGUACUGCAUUUAAUCUGCUCUGUCUCCUUUCUGGUGAUCUACCCCUCCGGAACUGUUCCUGCUGCCAUUUUUUUUCUCACUCGCAGCUCUUUCCUUUUUGCCUGCAUGCUGCUUUUAUUUGCUUUCCUUCAUGGUGUGAUGUGUUAAUUAAAAGGAUGGCAACGCGGUAUGUUUGCCAAAAACUUAAUACAAAGCACUGAUUUAGCUUUCGAGGUAAAAUGUUGACGAUACCUACUAAUUUCCCUCUAGCCAAUGUCGGUUCACUAGUAUAUCUCCUCUCCUCCUGCAUAGCCCUUGGGUUUUAUGAUAUGGAAGAGUUAUUUGCAUGCACUAGUUUUCUAUGGAGGGUGAUGUGGUUGUCUACUUUAUGUGUAUGAAUAUAACAUGCGAUUCCCAAACUGACAGCAGUUAACAUGAACUUUUAAGUUCUGUCUCUCACUGUUAGCCGCUCCAACAAGAUGGCCGGUAGCCUAGCAAGAGGCUGAGUACAACUAGAUUAAAAAAGAAAAAAAAAAAAGGAAGAAAAAACAAGUCGGCAGUUUAAUUUAUUACCUCCCUGAAAACUUUCCACUUUCCAGUGUUACAAGCUCCAUCCUUCGUGCUGCGGUCAGUCUCGGCUCGCUCCCGGGGCCCGGGCUCGCGGGCUGUGCCGCCGCGUCCCCGCCAGGCGCCCGCGCUCGCGCGCUGCGGUGGCUUCGGGUUUGAAAGGAAGGGGGUUAGGGGCCGCCAGCCUGACUUGGUAGGCUGCUCCCGCCCAGCCGCGUGCUCGGGCUGCAGGAGCAGUCGUGCGUUCACUCGCCUUGCAUUUGAAACGCGGCGCAGGAGAGCUGCUCCAGCCGAGGACACAAAGAUGAUCCAAACAGCCGCUUCCCCCCCGGCCUCGCGGUCUCUGAAGCUGGACGAGCUCGCGCCUCCCUCUUGUCCGCUUGGGUUUUGGACUUGCUCCAGUAAAUAAAGUAGUAACUAACGCUGAUUUAAUUUUAAUGAAAUGACGGUGUUUUAGCAGUGAAGUUCUCGUUUUGAACGGCUUCCCGUGUAGUAACUCGGCCGCCGUGUCUCCCUUUUCCCCGUGUCUUGGCAUUUUGUCUGUGUUAGCCCUUCCCAGCCCCGUGGCUGGUGGCCAGGCGGGCCCGGGACCCCCGCGGGCAGACGGCUCGGGUCGGUCCCCCCGCGCUGCGCCUGGGGGCCAGCGCUGUAAGUAGCGUCCGGCUGCCUUCUGGUUAAACCUGCACUUUUCAACGUUAUCAAAAAGGGAAAAUGGAGAAAGAGACAUCAUUUUUUUUUUUUUUGUCUAAUCUUUGUUUUAAACAUGAGCUUUUUAUUUGCUUCUGGGGGCUUGGCUCCUUCUGUGUGAAUCUGUCGGGCUCGUCUGCAGGCGCUGCGCUCGUAGUGCCCGGGCCGGGGGAGCGCAGCCCCCUCCCUACCCCCCGGUACCUGCAGACAGGUCGAGGUGGUCCUCUUCUGUCCCUGUAAAAACACGACUUGUAACCAGGUGGCUUUCUUUUGUUUUGGGAGCGCAAGGCCCCGCUGAGGAGGAGUGAGCAACAAGAGUCAAUUCUGAUGCUAAAAAAGUAAUAAUAAGCGCGUUGGAGGAAUUUGCAGUAACUUUAUUUCUGCUGGUAUCUCAAUUUACCGCUCGCUACCCAACUAACUGCUUGUGGCACCUGCCUGUGGAAGCCCCCCCGGCCCCGCCUGGGGAUUGAAGCCGAAGCCUGCCCGGACCCCCCCAGAGCCCCUCGAGCCCCCCGGGCGCCGCCGCGCUGGAUCCGGCCGUGCCAGCAGCCGCGGGCUCUCGCGUCCCCGGCCGGCAGCGGAACCCCCAGUGCUCCCUUUUGUCACGGCAAAAUGUAACUUAAUUAAAUUGGUAAUGAUGAACUAAACCCCGAGGUUGGGUCUAUUGUAUAAGCGUGUUACCGGCUUUGUACGUGGCACGGUGGCGUGGCCGGGGCGGCGCGGGCGGCGCGGGGCGAGGUGAAAGCCGCGCUUCGUACGAUCGGACUUGGAUGGUGGAAAAAACAGCAUCGACUUCAGGUCUAGGAGUAAUUCCCAUGCCUACAAUUUUUUACUUAAUCUUUUAAUAUUUUUGCUACUCCACUCUGGCUUUUUAUUUAAAACACAUCCUUUUGUACCACUUACUGUAUCAAAUUGUAUAAAAGAUCACUGUCCCAUUCUUGGUCAUACCAAGAGCAAAUAAAAGCUUUUAUAAACUU